AUGAACAGACUCGACGACAUCUUGAGGCGGUACACCGUCCAGGGAGAAGAGGAUACAAAGGACAAGCUUCUCGGGGCUGCCGGCUCGUCCGGCCGCCUCGACCUCGAUCCCAAAUCACCCCCCUUCACAGAAAAGGCCUUCACAUGGGCGGCCUCGCUGACCAAGCUGGCGACGAGCAUUUCCGUGCUGCAGCUCGUCGAACGCGGCCAGCUCGACCUCGACGCCGACCUGCGGCCGCUCAUCCCGGAGCUCCGGCAGGCCCGCAUCCUUCGCGGGUUUGACGACGACGACAAGCCCGUCAUCGAGGCCAACACCAGGCCCAUCACCAUGAGGCAGCUGCUGACGCACACGUCCGGCUUCAGCUACGAGUUCUCCGACCCCGUACUCCUGCAGUGGUCGCGCACGCAGCCCAACCGCCACGUCACGCGCCUCCAGUGGUCCAAGCUGGAGGUGACGACGCCGCUGCGCUUCGCCCCCGGCGAGAGCUGGGGCUACGGCGUCGGGCUCGACUGGGCCGGCCAGGUCCUCGAGGCCAUCACCGGCAAGUCCCUCGGCCAGUACAUGCAGGAGAACAUCCUCGACCCCGUGGGCCUCGCCGACACGGGCUUCUGGCCCGAGAGGCUCCCGCACACGGCGCCGCGGACGGCGCAAAACGUCCAGCGCACACGGGACGGCAGGCUCGCCGCCGCCCAGCCUCCCACCCCGGAGAAGCACGAGAUCGAGUCCGGCGGCGGCGGGUGGUUCACAACGGCCAGCGACUACGCCCUGUUCCUGAGGGCCUUUCUGGCCGGCCGCCUGCUCUCGCGGCGGUCCAUGGCCGACGUCAUGACGCCGCAGCUGAACGAGGCCCAGGCCGAGCACCUGAGCGCCAUAGCGUUCCACCCCAUGGUCCACAACACGUUCGCGCCCGAGUUCGCGCCCGGCACCGUCAUCAACUACGGCCUAGGCGCCAUGUUGAACGUAGACCACGUACCGGGGAAGAGGAGGGCGGGGAGCAUUGCUUGGAGCGGGAUUCUCAAUAGCCGCUGGUGGGUCGAUGCAAAGACGGGCAUCGCCGGCGUCCUCGUUGUCAAUGUCCGGCCCAACGGCGACCCUGUCGUGGCCAAGCUAUACCACGAGCUGGAGCUUGCCGUGUACGGUCAUCUCUUGCGACAGCCCGCCGCUCAGAGUCGUAUCUAG